AUGACCGGAUCGUCGUCGCAAUUCCAGCAGCUCGAGAAACUCGGCGAAGGCACUUAUGCCACCGUGUAUAAAGGCCGCAACCGUGCCACGGGCGCUCUUGUUGCGCUCAAAGAAAUCAACUUGGACUCGGAAGAAGGCACGCCUUCCACGGCCAUUCGGGAGAUUUCCUUGAUGAAGGAACUAGACCACGAGAACAUCGUGACGCUUUACGAUGUGAUCCACACGGAAAACAAGUUGACGUUGGUGUUCGAGUACAUGGACAAAGACUUGAAGAAGUACAUGGAAACACACGGCAACAACGGGGCGCUCGACUUGAAAGUGGUGAAGCUGUUCAUGUUCCAGUUGCUCAAAGGUAUCAUGUUCUGCCAUGACAACUCGGUGUUGCACCGGGACUUGAAGCCGCAGAACUUGUUGAUCAACGCCAAGGGCGAGCUCAAGAUUGGCGACUUCGGCCUCGCGCGGGCGUUUGGCAUUCCCUUCAACACUUUCUCUAACGAGGUCGUCACUUUGUGGUACAGGGCGCCUGACGUGUUGUUGGGUCUGCGUGCUUACACCACGUCCAUUGACAUUUGGUCUGCCGGCUGUAUUUUUGCAGAGAUGUGCACAGGCAAACCGCUUUUCCCAGGUACCGCCAACGACGACCAGUUGAACAAGAUUUUCCGUUUGAUGGGCACUCCCAACGAACGCACAUGGCCGGGUGUAUCGCAAUACCCAAACUUCAAAACCAAUUGGCAGACGUAUGUGCCGCAAGAUUUGCGCUCACUCAUUCCUGACUUGGAUGCCAUGGGCUUCAACUUGUUGACCAGCUUAUUGCAAAUGCGGCCCGAGGCACGUAUCACUGCACGUCAAGCGUUGCAACACCCGUGGUUCCACGAGAUUCUGAGCCUGGACUACCGCUGA